GAAGUGAGUAUCUCCUGGUCCCGUAACUAAAGCACUGCUCGGUGUCAGAGAUGGCUCUCAAAGCCGCGGUUCUUGUGCUGUUUUCGGCCGUGCUGUCCGAGGUGUCGGCCGGAGUAUUUUUUAAGCAGAAGGAGCCGUGCUAUGUCCCCUCACUGAAGAGAGGCGGCUUUGGACUGCGGACCGUACCUCGUCCUCACGAGUAUUUGAACAUUUCUGAUCUGCCGAAGUCGUGGGACUGGAGGAACAUCAAUGGCACCAACUACGCCAGCACUACUCGCAACCAGCACAUUCCCCAGUACUGUGGGUCCUGCUGGGCACAUGGCAGCACCAGUGCGAUGGCAGAUCGAAUCAACAUUAAGCGGAAAGGAGCGUGGCCAUCUGCCUACCUGUCUGUCCAGAAUGUGAUCGACUGCGGUAAUGCCGGCUCGUGCCAUGGAGGACACCACGCCGGGGUUUGGGAAUAUGCUAAUAAUCACGGGAUCCCAGAUGAGACCUGUAAUAACUACCAGGCUAAAGACCAGAAGUGCAAUAAAUUCAACCAAUGUGGCACCUGCACCACUUUUGGAGUGUGCAAUAUUGUGAGUAACUACACUCUGUGGAAGGUGGGAGAUUACGGAUCCGUCAGUGGGAGAGAGAAGAUGAUGGCAGAGAUUUACGCUAAUGGGCCGAUCAGGUUUGCAGCUUUUUCAUACGUUUAUAAAACAGUCCAUUCUGGUUGCUUUGUUUUACUUGAU